AUGAAAGAAAAACAGCCAAUUUUUCGAUCUGCAUCUUUGAAUGAUUUGAAGAAUGAGAAUAAUGUAAAGAAAUCAUAUCUAAACUUUAGAGAUGAUAUGAAGACUAAUAGUUAUGUCCAAAGAGACAAUACUUAUAUUAGUAAUUUUAAUAACAUCAAUAACAACAGUAAUGCCAGUAAUAUAUUACGGCAUGAGUUAUUAAAUGAUUUAGAUAAUCUCUUACGGAAUAAAUUAAAUUUGACCAAUGAUAACAAAUCUACUAUUUCUCCUCCUACCUCCUGUCUAUCUUUUUCUUCUUCUAAUAAUAAAUCUAGUCCCGUAUUAAAUCAACACUUUAAUCCUAUCAGAUACAUCAAUAGUGGUAAAUCAAUUGCAAGUAAUAGCGAUCCAAGCUCUCCAACCAAUAGCACGUUUCCCAAUAAUUUUGUACUAGAUAACAAUAAUUCAAUUGAUACAAAUAAUGUAGGUGAAAAUUCAAAUGGCAAUGAGGAUUCAGAAGAAAAUGAUAAUAAUGCUGUCACAGAACAAGAGGAUGAAGAAUUUGCAAAUGUAGAUGAAAUUGAUGGUUUUAUAACAUCUGUGAAUCAAUUAUCACCAAAAAUUGAUUUAAGAACACAAAAUGAUACCAACAUUAACAACACUAUUAAUAAAAACCAUAACAACAAAAGCGAUAGUAACGGUAACAAUGAUAAUUGCUUGCCUCCCACUAAUGAUACUGAUGUAAUUGAUUACAAUAUGCCUGUAGGAGAAGAGUUUCAAAAAAUUUUGGAUAAAAGAGUAUCUGAAAUAUGUGAAAACAACAGAACACAUAAAAAUAUACCAGGACAGAGAAUUGACUGGGUUUUAAAAGAUUUUUAUGAUUUGAAAAGAGAGCUAUCAGAAUGGUUUACUAAAAUUGAUUAUGUCUAUCUAGAUCAACUAAAAUCAACAUUCAAUCAAAAAAUCAAGAAUCCUGAAACAUUUGUUCAAGAUUUUCAGUAUAAGAAAUCUAUUAUUGACAGGAUCUUUCAUAAUUUUGAUUUAAUGAUUGACUCUAAUAUUCAAAUCAUUGCUUAUAUUGCCUUAGGGACAUAUGAAUAUACAGAAAAUUUGAAUAUCAAUUUAGAUAUGAUAAAAGAAAACAAUCUUAUUUUAAUCGACUAUCUCCCAAUUAUUAUAGAUCAUUUCAAAGAAAAAGCAUUAUCAUGUCAACACGAUACUAAGAAUUUGAAAAAAAAAACAGUGCUUCUCUUUUACUUAUCCACUGUUUUGUUCUAUAUUGUCACUGUAUGUAUAGAUCAGCGUGAUGAAUCUAAAGGAUGUGUACAAAAAGCUAUUAGUUUCAUACAUGCAAAAAAACUCAUGCCAUUUCUGACCAAAUAUGUUGAACAUUGGAGAUGGAAUAGUAGACUAUCCAUGAGAAUUAGAAAUAUUAUCUCACUUCUCUUCAAAACGAUAAUCUUACAAUUUGGUAAUGAGAAUGUUUAUACAGAUACAAAGAAAAAAAUAUACAGGUACCAUGGUUUAGAGUUUAAAUCAACCUCCAAUAAUAAUACAAAUAACGAUGCUAGUAGUUUGAAGCAAUCAAAAAAAUUAAGUAUAUCACCUUUACACUAUAGAGCAUUUAGGGAAGACAUUACUUCAAGAUUCCCUAAUUACGAAUUACCAAAGUCUGAAUUAUCUGAAACAACAGUAGAUGAUUCUAAUUCGCUAUCACAAUUCCUAGAGAUACCAAGGUCAAAAUCUAGAAGUGUUCUCAAUUCAUCUUUAGCUGUUCCUGAAAAACACUUGGCUACUCCAUUUCCUUCGCCUCCAUCAUCUCCAACCUUUUCACAAUUUAAUGAUAAUGGAAUAAAACCAAGAAAAUCAUUUCAAGCUAAUAUGGCUUACCCACAACUCUAUCCUAUAAACAAUGGCAUUGAUGAUAACUAUCUAUCUAGAAUUAUUUCACCUUUGGAGAAUUUAGAUAAUAAUGAUAAAUCAGUACCAGACUUUGACUAUAAAAAAGAUGUUCCCUUUAGUAUAGAGGAAGCAGCUCAUAUAUUAAAUGAUAAUUUAAAAAUAAAAUUAAGUACUAAACAACUUUGGCAUGAACGUAACCUCUUUAUGUCUACCGAACGUGGUUGGCAAAAAGAUAAGGAAGCAGCAAAUAUCAAUGAUUCUAUGACAAAUUCUAUUAGUGAUCACAAAGAUGAUCCGUUUAACUAUCAAUCUUUCAAUAAAGGAAAUGAACCCAAUGAGUUACAAAUCAUGAACCGAAUAGACACAUAUUAUAUGGAUUGCUUAGCUAGUUUUAAUUCCCUCAUUUUUGUAUUAUUACAGACUAUUGAAUCCAAUAUUUCUAACAGCGAAUAUAGAUAUAAAAAUGAUCCGUCUAACUAUAACACGUCCCAUAUUCAACCACAGUUGGAGAUCAUUAGAAGUAAGGAAAUGCUUAUGAGAUCAUGUUCUGGUAUUUUGGUUUUAUUAUUAAAAUGGUUUAAGUUGAAUCAUAUUUUAAAAUUUGAGCAUUUUGCAUCAUUAAUCUACGACUUUAAAUAUAUAACUGUUUUUUCAUCACUCUUGGGCAGCUAUACGGAUAUAUAUCAUGAUAAGAUUUUUAACAGACUAAUAGAGCCAGAUCAUAGCAUAUGGGAAAUAUGUUCUCAAUCAAACCCAUUAUAUUCUACAUCAUUACAAGCCAAUCCGGUGGAAAAGGACAAAUACAAUAUAGCAAUUCUAUCUUCCUUUACAAAUCUUUUCAAAAUUCUACGGUACAUUACUAGGGACAAAACACAUAGACUGAAAAGUCUACCAUUAUCCAUAGGUUUUCUUUUCAAGAAAUAUUACAAAGUAUUUUGUCUAGAAACAUAUCAUCCAAUGUUGAAAAUAGUUAAAGAACUCACACCAUUCAAAAAUAAACGUUGGAAAUCCGAACAUAUGGACCUGAUAUCUGGAGUCUACCUUUAUGAAAGAUUAGAAUUAAUUGACAAUUGGGUUACUGGAAAAGAUAUAGCUGGUGAAUUGAAUGAUGCUGGUGGGCAAGAAAUUGCACUAAGAGCCUUACUGCAAUUUUAUAACUUUAAUCAUUACAAACAGUCAAUGGAAGAUUUGGGAUACAUUGAAAUGUCAGAAUCAAAUGCUAAUUUUAGUUCUAACACGCAAGAUCCUUACUCUUCCAUGUAA